AUGGGUGGUUGUGUGUCAGUCCCUUCAAAAGCAAUGAAAGCACCAAAGAAGCUUCAUAGAAGAAUAAUUAGACGACGUAGUCGAAAGAUUUCAAAUUCAGUUUCUAAUGAAAUGAAGAAGAUGCAUAACAACGCAGGAGUAAAAGUAACAGAUUAUUCUGUCAGUGAAUUUGUUCAUAUGGAUUUCGAAAACGGCGCAACGACAAAAUGUAGACGAUCUGAAGUUUCUAAUUCUGCAUACCAUCUUACUCAACUUGAAUGGCAUCAUAGUCAAUAUGAUGCUGAUGCAAACUUAGUUUGCCAAGAAGAGAAUUACUUCGAUUCCGUGAGUAUUCUAGACUCUGAUUCCGAUGACGAGUUCAAUAGUGUUUAUGGAGAUGGUUUUGCAUCGGUUGGAGGCUCGGUUGCAAGCAUACCGUGUAGCCAAGUCCUUCAAUACGAAGAAAGAUCGAGGUGUGUUCGAGAAAAUAACUGUCAAUAUGAAGAGUAUCAUGAGAGUUAUGUUAAGGUUGAUGGAGGGAAUAAUGCGGAUAAGUUAAAAGGACGAGACGAAAAUGGUUUUGGCGUAAUGAAUACGCGUAGUUGUGGACUUUCGCGACUAGGAAAAAAUCAAGAAAGCUUUAAGAGUUUAAAAGAAGUUAAAAUUGAAGAGAAUGGUCAAGAGAAUGCAAAGAGAUUAAGCUUGCAUCGGUUAGCGCCGGCCGCUAGUUUUAAUAGUCGGCCGGGGAAAAAGUUAUCGACAAUUUUCAAGCUUUCGUUCAAGAGAAAAUCUUGUGAUGCAGAAGAAGCGCCCGAACUUGGUCAAUCAAAAAGAUGUUUGAUUCGUCCACGAGCGGGACUUAUAAUUCCGUGUCAGAACGGAGAGAAAUUGUCUAUCGGAUGUUGGUCUGAAAUUCCACCUUCAACGUUUCAACUCCGAGGCGAAAACUUUUUCAAAGACAAAAAAAAGACGCCUGCGCCGAAUAAUACUCCAUACAUUCCAAUUGGUGUUGAUCUAUUUGUUUGUCCGAAAAAGAUACAUCAUAUUGCUAAACACAUUGAGCUUCCAAAUGUGAAAACCAAUGGAAAAAUCCCCCAACUUCUUAUUGUAAAUAUUCAGCUGCCUACAUAUCCGGCUGCAAUGUUCUUAGGCGAUAGCGACGGAGAAGGGCUAAGUCUUGUACUGUAUUUUAAGGUUUCUGAAACUCUUGAUGAACACAUUUCUACCCAAUUUCAAGAAAACAUAAUGAAACUCAUUGAUGAUGAGAUGGAGAAGGUAAAAGGUUUUGCAAAAGAUUCUAAUGUGCCUUUUAGAGAAAGGCUUAAGAUUAUGGUAGGACUUGCAAAUCCUGAAGAUAUGCACUUGAGUUCGACCGAAAAGAAGCUAGUUCAAGCUUAUAAUAAAAAACCAGUACUCUCAAGACCACAACAUAACUUUUACAGGGGUCCUAACUACUUGGAGAUUGAUCUCGACAUUCAUCGGUUUAGCUUCAUAUCGAGAAAAGGACUCGAUGCGUUUCGAGAUCGUCUAAAAGAUGGCAUUCUUGAUCUUGGUCUAACCAUUCAGGCACAAAAACAAGAAGAGCUUCCAGAGAAAGUACUAUGCUGCAUUAGAUUGAACAAAGUUGAUCUUGGUAACAAUGGCCAAAUACCAAAGCUAAUGACCCUUGAUGGUGAGUGUUAA